GAUGCCACCGUCUCGUAAUGACGGACAGUGCACGAACAGACCGCGUCACCGAAAUUAUUAAUAUAAACCGUUAUUGAAACAGAUUGGGGAGAAAAUAAAGCGAAAGACAGUUUAUGCAAUUAAAAAAUAUAUCUUCUCCGAAAGAAAGGAAAAUACUUAAAACUGUAGGAACUCCCUGGCUCACAUCCACAAAAGUGAUUCUGUCAUAAUGAAGAAGAGCAAUCUAGCCAAACGGGGUCCCCAAGAUGUCAACCAGCUGUCAUCGCAGCCAGACAAAGUAGGCUGGAUCCGCAAGUUCUGUGGCAAAGGGAUUUUCAGGGAAAUAUGGAAAAACCGUUUCGUGAUACUGAGAGGAGACCAUCUGUACAUAUCUGAGAAAGAGGUGAAGGAUGAGAGGAAAGUCCAGGAGUUGUUUGACCUGGCUGACUACGAACGCUCUGAGGAGCUGCGCAAGGCCAAGAGUCGCAGUAAGAAGAACCACAGCAGGUUCACCCUGCUUCGCUGCAAGCAGCCUGGGAAUAUGGUGCCCAAUCUUGUGUUUUUGGCCGUUAGCCCAGAGGAGAAGGAGUUGUGGGUCAAUGCCCUCAAUACAGCCAUCAUCAAAUCCAAGAACCGCAUUUUUGACGAGGUCACAAUUGAAGAGGACAGUGUCCUGGUGCACCCUACACGUGAUCGUGUCAAGAUUCCCCAUGCACGGCGCUUGCCCACCCGGGGACACCUCAUGGCUGUGGCAUCCACCUCUUCAGACGGAAUGUUGACCCUUGACCUUGUCCACGAGGAAGAUGGCUCCACCCCAGAUGAUGAGGAAGAAGGCUUCUGGGAAAAUAACUUCCGGGUUGACCUAGACAAACGGACCACAGGUCGUCAGCGUUCUGGCACAGAUGUCUCCAAACUCUGUGUCACCACAAGGGACUCAAGGGUACCCAAGACGGGCAGCCUGCCCCGCGGGAGCGAGCUCUCCUGGGGCCGGGCGCACCAUCUUGAGGCUCAAUCCCACACCCCUCAACCAGGGAAGAGGUUCAGUGCCCAGGGUAGGAGCCGCUGUGCCUCCAUGGAUGAGGUCCUUUCCUCACGGCCAGUCAGAGGUGUCCUUCGCCCUCGCCCCACAGAUGAACCUGUCCAGCCUGUUGGACAACUGCAGAGUCUUAUCGCCCAGAAAAUGCAGAGGGCUCAGGAACUGCUGGAAGAAAUGCGAUUGGAGGAACUGCAACAUGCAAAGGGAAUUGACUCGCCCUAUCUGAAGGGCAUUGACUCGCCUCGCUUACACCAUCUGAGAGGGUCUGAGUCUCCUCACUCCAGGGCCUCAGGUUCACCUCGCAGUAAGAAUAGUGACUCCCCACGUUUGAGGGUAAAAGACUCGCCUCGUUUGAAGGGGAAAGACUCGCCUCGUAUGAAGGGUAAGAAGUCCCGCUCAAAAUGUACAGACUCACCCCAUUCAAAGAGUGAUGACUCUCCUAAUUUGAGGGGUAAGGACUCUCCCCGUCUCAGGGUUACUGACUCUCCCCAUCUCAGGGCUGCUGAUUCUUCCCGUUUCAUGGAAACACACUCACCAAGUCUGAAGGGUUCUGAAUCCCCACGUCUCAAGAACAUUGGUACACCGUUUUCAAAAAGUUUUGACUCAUCUAGUCUGAAGGAUUCUGUCUCGCCUCGCAUCAAGGAUACUGAUUCUCCUGUUCUGAGGGGUAAGGACUCUCUAAAUAUAAUUGGCAAGAAUUCUCAGAGUCUGAAGAGUAUCGGCUCAACUUGUCUGAAGGGUGCCGACUCUCCCCGUCUGAAGGGUGCCGACUCUCCCCGUCUGAAGAUUGCCGACUCUCCCCGUCUGAAGGGUGCCGACUCUCCCCGUCUGAAGGGUGCCGACUCUCCCCGUCUGAAGGGUGCCGACUCUCCCCGUCUGAAGGGUGCCGACUCUCCCCGUCUGAAGGGUGCCGACUCUCCCCGUCUGAAGGGUGCCGACUCUCCCCGUCUGAAGGGUGCCGACUCUCCCCGUCUGAAGGGUGCUGACUCGCUCCGUCUGAAAGGUAAUGACUCGCCCCAUAGUAAGAGUGCACACUCACUUAUCAGUGACUGUGAUUUGGAGAGUAGACGGGCGGAGGCGGAGCGUCUUCUGCAGGAGGCCGUCUCCUCCUGGCGUCAGGCUAAGGAGGUGCUGGAGGAGGUGAAGGAGCUGCAGACGCAGUCACUAAACCGCCGCUCCGAAAAGAAAACAAUGGAGAGGCCCCCAACACCGCCACAGGACUAUAGGCUGGGGGACCAGUGACUCUGUCGCCAACACAGUUGAAAAGCAUGCUGGCUUCUCUCCAAACAAAGACAAUAAGAAAGAGCACUAGGGGCAUGGAGUACCUUCAGUAGAUGUUCUGUCACGUUUUUGUUGUCAUUGCUUGCCAGUGUUGAAGCACAAAACUUUUAGGCUUUACUGCUCAUUUUACACUGUUCUAUCUUGAUCCUUGUUUCCAUACCGUAUACUAGUCAAAUUAAGCUGAGCAAGUCAUGACAGAAUUAUUUUAUUAGCACGGCUGUUUCCUUGCUUGUUUGAAUAGGUUAGAUGGACCUUGACCUCAUAAUAUGAUUCUGGGCAUUCGUUUUUUUGUUCCCUUUGUCAAAGGCUCUGUGGUCCACUCUGUGGAUGGAGGGAUGGGCGUUUGGGCUGUGGAAGCAGAGCAGAGCUUAAUCCUGGUUUGUGGAUGGGGGGUGACUCAGACUGAGAGGCAUAAACAAGGCUAGAGUGGGGGUGCCCGGCCUCGGUGACACUGACACCCCCAAGGAAAGUCAUGCUGUUCAUGUAUUUACAUUAUUAUCUGCCAGAUUAGGUCGAUUAGGUUUCAUUGCAAAAUGCUUUGCACUGUAAAUAUAAGUAUGAAAUGCUUUUUUAUAAUGGACAAAUGGAAUGAGAAUGUUUGUGUGGAAACAUUGUCUGGGGAGCAUUAUGUCAGUCUGAAAUGCAUACAUGGAGAAGAUGCCUGGGAUUUCUCUCUUUCGGUUAGCUUCAGUUAUUGACAACGUGCAGUCCAGUCCAAUGACCUUGAAAAGCGACAAGAUUUCCCCCAGUCAAAAACCUAGUAUUGUAGUUGUUGGUCUUCUCAGAGACCGAAUGCAAAAGGCGAUCUUUCUCUUACUCUGAGCGCGUUAUGUCCUCUUUCCCUCUGUGUCCUGAGCUGAGCAAUACUAUUCCAGGGACAGAUUCAAGACGUUAAUCAAUCAGUCUGCAAUCAAACUGAUUCAUUUGCCAAGCUGGAUUCCUGACAUGUAUAGUUAAAACUCACAGACCACUUUGAUUGCAAGGAUAUCAAGUGACUAACUGCUUCGCUUUAUUAAAUGCACUUCUAUUUUCGGGUCAUGUAGCAUGGUCUCUUGCUUGUGCUCAGAAUUCUUCGGUUGUUUCGGUUAAUUGGGGUUCUGUGGUCUACCAAAGCCUGCUUGUGAGUGACUCAGCGGAAGCCAGCAAGAGAACAUGCUCGUUAACUCUGAUCAGCUUCCGAGGAGAAAUGCUAUAAUGGGAUUAUAAUCGCAGGCGUCAUGUUGGGUCUCUGUAGUGUUUGUUGCACUUCUAAUCAGGUGGGAAGAUGAUUUUAACAGUUCUUCUGUCUCUCUUCCAAAAGGUGCACAGGUUAAUCUCACAACAAGAGGAUCAAUGAUUUAAUGAGAGAGAGAUGAUGAAAGCUUCUGAAAGGUUUUCAGAGCACAACGAUGUUACAUUUGGAGAUUUGAAGAUGGGUUAGUUGCACUGCACUAUUUCAUACCAAAAUAGGGUGGAAAUCAAUGUUUUUAGAGUCAUGUCCUGGUUUAGUCACAUGGUCAGUAUUUCCCGCCAUGUCAUUGGCUGACUGCCAAAAUGUGAUUCAUAGGUCACUGAGUUGAUAUUAACAUGCACAGUGCAUCUAGGACAGGACAAACAUCGCUCCAUUACACCAGGCUCACCUCACAUACGGUUACAAUCACUCAUGUGUGAUUGCGGUUUAUCAGUUUAUUUGAUUAUGUGUGUCCCUUAAGCAGCAAUUAUAUGGCUUUGGUGCACAUGACAACAAGCAAUACAGUAGGCCUAAUGUUGAUAAUGAAAGAGAUCUCUAUCACUGCUUUGUAAUCUGAACUAAGCCAAAGACCAGCAUAUAGCAACUCUGCCAGAAAGAGGUGAAAAGUGGUUAAAAUGUCUCAAGCAAUCUACAUAAAUAGAUUUUAUUUACAGCAAUUGAUAAAUUACUAAUGUAUGCAUAAAUUAAAUAAAUAAU